AUGGAUACAGACGGAACAGAAGUCAAGCAUGUUGAAGGGCUGAAGAUUACUGAAUUUCUUGAUUCAAUAUUGAGUAAAAAGUGUUUGCUUUUCAGUUCAGAUAUGGUGCUAUUCAGUGACAAGCUGCAGGAUGGAAUACUACAAGAAGAACUCCAACAAAGAACUCUUAAAAUUGAGAGAUUGUUUCGUCAUGGGUUGCAGCAUUCCUCAAAUGUUAUUGUUCCUGAAGAGAGAAUUGGAGAUGACCCUCUUUCUUCAUCAACAGAUCCUCUUGAGAUUGAGGCUGAGGCCAGAGAAGCGGAGAAAGUGUUUCAAGAAACAUUGGCAAACGUCAUGCAACAAAAACAGCUUCCCCAAUAUUUAUUUCAACUCUUGCAGCAGAGACAAAGUGAAACUUCAGCUAUACUCAAACAUUAUGAUGAUAUCAUCUCAAUGAUGAAAAAGGAUAUGAAUGACCAAGACAAAGAGUACAGAAACAGGAUGGAAAAGCAAAGUGACCUGAGGGAGCUUCUCCAGGCAAGGACGGAAGACUUUGUGUCGGAACUUAUACGCGUGGGGAAUGAAGAAAUAGCUGCUGCAAGAGAGGCAAUAAUAAAUCACACCGACAAAUCCUCAAAGGAAAUCUAUGCGAAGACUCAACAGUUUCUGGAUGAUACUUCAGCUGAUCAGCCUUUUGACCCUCGUUCUUGGAAAGCCCCUUCGGACAUGUUAACUUUCGGUACCCUGAAAGACGUCUUCAUCAGCAGUCAAGAAGACAUAUUUCAGUCAAGAAACAAAUCAUUGUCUAAAAUCUGUGGCCAACGGAAAGAUCUCGAGAAAGAGAAGCUGGACUACGCGUUAGAGAGGGAGAAUCUAGACCGAGAGUUGUUCGACAUGAGAAGCGAGUACCGG